AUGGCUCCCUCUACAAACCAACCGCAGCAGCUACCAGUAUGUUUGCGUAAACAUGAUGCUGAUGCGAAAGAGCAGAGUGAUUUUGAUGGGAUAGAAACAGUAAAUAUCCAAAUGUUUGUAAACCUCUUCUUGCGCUUCUUUGCAUCCAUCUCUCAGGCUCAUAUCACAGCUACUCCUCUUGACAUCCAGGUCAGUCUUCCUAGAGCCAAUAUGAACUGCGUGCGAAGGACGUGUGCACAUUCAAUGGUUUUCGGCUACGAGGGCACCAUAACACAGCACUGCUGUGACAGAGGACAGCGCUUUGCUAAUGGAAGCGUUCUUAGACGCAGGCAAUAG